AUGUGGCUUACCACGCCGCAGGAACAAAUCGCAGGAGAAGAUGAGGACCAAUUUGAGACGGCCAUACGAACGACGACCCGAAAGAAGAUCGACAAGGAAGCGGAAGAAAGACCUGAGAACAUCCUCCGUCACCAGUUGGCAUUCAUGAUCCAGAAGAAGGGUCUACCAGCAGAGCUCGAAACGGUCGUCCAGGACUUGUGGACACUUCGCAUCCUUCAACUCGCAAAUAAGAUUAGGGACGAAACCCAAGAGUCGGGGUCAUCUCAGGUUUUCAGCACGCAAGAAAGCGAAACAGAGGCUGAUGAAGAUCCUUUAAUCCUACAGUCCCGUAGGAAGAAGCUCCAAGAGAAUCCGACCCUGAUCGACUGCCUCGCAUUAUGCUACUUGGGCACUCUCACACUUCGAUUGCCUGUAACGCCAGGAGACGUCUACACUUGGACUACGGAGGAGGACAUGCCAUAUCUGAACGCAAUACGCCUCAUCCCCCCUGCGAUGAGGAAUCGACUGCCUGCCACUUACCACAGCGCCUUCAGCCCAUAUUCACUACUUAACCUCAGACGCUUCUACACCGCAUAUACCAAUAUGCUAGCCGGACUCGAGCUGAAGUACUCAAUAGCCUGGCCUUCACUCAACGUGCCGGUCGUUCUAUUCCGCUAUCUGAAGGAUCUCGCGCUCCCACUUGAGCUAUACGAUGCCACUAUGCGUUUGGGUGAGAAACUCGGAUACGACUUCGCGCUCUAUAUUGCUCCCAGACAAAAGUUCAAUAUUACAAGCCUACCCGAGGCACGACUGAUAUCAUGUCUGGUGAUAUGCGUCAAACUUAUCUUUCCCUUCGACGAUUCUAAACGUCAUCCAAGGUCUGCAGCCGAACCUGCAGCGACGGCGAUGGAUUGGCCUGCUUGGUCCGGACUGAUAAAAGAAGCGAGAGCCGCAGAACGGGGUGGUCGGCACCGAUAUACGACAGAGGAGCUGACGAAGGUCCAAGAGAAAGACGUGUUCUCCAUGUCAGGCGCCGAACUAGACCAGUACCUCGACUUUUAUCUUGCCAACUUCGUGGAUGAAACACAUAUCCAAACAAAAACCUCGGACGAUGCCUUCCAGGCUGCAAUGUACAAUUUAUUUCCUGUGGCAGCAGACCCAGAUACUCAGCCUCAGGCGAUAUCGGCUGACCAAAGACAUGAGAAGAAGCUCGAGCUUGUGAGGGCGGUGCAUAAUACGAUCAAGGAGGUCAAUGCAGUCGCAGAUGAUGAGGAUGUGAACGUUCUGAGGCCUGGGGCACGUUAUCCGGAAUACACGAACGAACAUAACCUGCCGCCGCAUGCUGCGAGGUUCUAUGAGGAGGCGGCUAGGAUUUCUGGGCUUACGAUGGAUAUGCUUGUGAGAUGUGUACGGCACAUUGAGAGGAAGAUUGCGCGUGAGCAGGGUAGACGGAAACGACCGGAGCCACAAGGGGUGAAUGAGGAGCGAGUGGAAGGCGUAGAAGCGGAGAGGAUGGAUGCAGAUAAUGAUUGA